AUGAGCGAAUGUGGAGUCGACAAGCCACUUAACGACUGGUUCCGCGACUAUCUAACCGGGCGCUCAUAUCGUGUCAGGGUUGGAGAUGCGCUCAGCGCGAUGACGGCGGUACGCUGCGGGGUACCGCAGGGCUCGGGGUGUGGUCCCGUGAGCUACCUAAUGCACGUUAACAGCCUGUGUGGUGCACUGCAGCACUGCACAGCGCACAUGUUCGCGGAUGACCUCUGCAUGCUGCUCGCCGGCGCUGACCUGGCGGAACUCCUAUCUUUGGUACAAUGUGAUGUGGACGCGGUCGUUGAGUGGUCGCACGACAACGGAAUUCUAUUGAAUACCUCUAAAACUAAAUAUAUGUUAAUACACUCUCCCUAUAUUGAUCUUUCCAAACAACCAUCAGCAUUGCCUAUAACAGCUCAUUCUUAUUCCUGUAUUCAUAAUAAAAAUAUAUACUGUACUUGUGAACCCAUAGAACGUGUAAAUUAUAUAACCUACCUUGGAGUUAUUGUAGACGAUCGUUUUUCCUGGACACAACAUGUCAAUUACAUAUGCAGUAAAUUAAGAAUUUGUCAAAAGAAGUAA